AUGACUCGUAAGAAGAGCAAAGCCUCAAAGGCAAAACAUAAGAAAACCAACCGGAAAAUUUUAUCCGAUCCGACUAAGAAAGAAAUCAGUUUUGGACCAUCCACAUCAAAAUCAUUUGAUCCGGCAACAUCUAGUCAAGGAUUAUUCAGUAAUAAAUUACUUGGGAAAAAUGCCGAAGAACGGAAACGUAAAGUCAAGCAGAAUUUUUCGAAAGUGCUAGCAUCAACUUUGGAAUAUUUAAAUUUUAAUCAGAAAAAUAGUGUACCGGCCGAAGUUCUGAUGCUAUUAUUCACCAAGGAUAGAUGGCGCAUAAGACCAAAGGUAUUGAUGCCAAAUUGGAUCAAAGUAUACAAUAAAUUUGGUCGAAUUGAUGGACCAGGAUUUAAUUAUAUGCGAAGAGAUUAUCGUAAUUUGAAUAGCCAAACUCCAAUUGAUGAUAAUGAUGUCAUUAAAAAAUUUCCAUUUGAAUCAGAGCUGAAAAAGGAAUCAACCAGUGUUUUAAUGGCCGCAUUAAAUAAGAAUAGUGAAGUUAACGCAAAAACGGAUGUGAAAACCGGACGAACCGUUUUAAAAACGAAUGUAAAAACUGGAAAGAAUACAACAAAAAUGGAUGAGAAAACUAGCGAAGAGGAUUUUUAUUUUAGUGAUGAUUUUAGUGAAGAUGAAGAUGAUAAAUGUAGUUUACCAGCAUCUCUAUUAAAUGAAUUACGACAGGUUUGUAUCAGGGAAUCAGCUGCAGCUAGUAUUGCUAUUGCACUGGUUUCCAUAAGCGCAACUCUAAUGUUACUUAAACGUUUGUUUAUUUUUGAAAAGCAUCAGGUGAGUGUUAUAGCAUUUCCACAAAGAAUAAUGAUAAAUAAUGAUAGGAAGAAAGAGUGA